AUCGUUCUUGUUAAGCCUAAAUGAACUAAACGCAUUUGAUUUUUGGUUCAACGAAUGUCUUUUAAUUCAAGAGAGGAGCAAGUGGGGACAAGAAGCUUAUAAAACUUAAUUUGCAAUAAUAUUUUUUUCUCCUGUAAUGGGUUUAACGAAGAUUAAAUAGAUCAUAUUCAACAAUGAUCUGGUUUAGUUUUCUUCGGAAAUAUCCGUUGCCGUAGUAGCAGUAAUAGUAAUAAGGGUAAGAAAGUAAUUAUCCGUUUUUUGGCGAGUAUCAGUAUGCCUCAUCAUUUUACAAACCAGAAUAAGCAGAUAGGUCUUCAAAAGAAAGGCUGCUCGGCGGUGAUGUUCUAAUCUAAAGGUGAGCAUUUAUUGUUUCUGUGCAAGUUUCAUCUAGUUAAUUUUUAAAAUUUUAUCAAACUGUGUGAGUGACACUCUGUGUGACCCGUGAAUGUGUUAGAGUUUGCAGUUAGUGAGUGUGUUUAUUAUUUUUAACUUUAAGUUAAACUUUAAGUUACUCAGACUCAAGUGACUGAUAACUACUAUAAUUUUAAUUGAAUUGUUCACGUUAAUUGUAAUCAGGGACAUCAUUUUGGUAGAGGCAUGGGGCCUAAUAUUUGCUUCCCCCCCCCCCCCAAACCCCUCUAAAUUUGAAGGAUUUUUUCAAAAUUUAAUUUUGGUAGGGGCAUGGGGCCUAAUAUUUGCUUCCCCCCCCCCCCCCAAACCACUCUAAAUUUGAAGGAUUUUUUCAAAAUUUAAUUGCUAUGUAGGCCUACUGUAUAGUGCCUGCAGUGAGUAAAAUAUUAGUAAUAAACCACUCGAUAAACUGAAAAAGUUUUGGUUGUUGCCCCCCUUUCCCCCAUGAAAUGAUUUUCUUGAUUGUAAUGUUACAACGCCCACUCUCCUAAUUCACUGUUCAUGAAGUGUAACCAGAUUAAUUCAUUACAGGUAGGGCAGACCGGGUACUGACCCAGAGACUUGGAAAUACAGAGUAUUAGCACACCUGAUACUUACGUUCGGGUGGUAAAAAAAAAUAUCUUCUCAUUUUUCUAUAAGUCAAGUAAGUGUUCCACCCAAUAAGGAAAACAAGUAAAAGUAAAUUUGUAGACCAGUGCAUCUUUUUCACAUAAUUUCUUUUGUACAUUUUACCUGAAUUAAAUAACUAAUAAUAUAAACCAAAUGUAAGCUAAAUGAAAGUACAAAGUCGCAAAGCUCUGAAAAGAAUAAUGUAAUGUGAAGUUUGUGUAGUUAUUUGUCUUUUCAAAAUGCUUAUACGGGCCUAUUUUGUUAUGACCAUGGCACUUUCUAUUUACAAUUAAUACUUCAUUUCACAUUGCUGAUUGGCUGAUGACACUGAGUAGCCAAAGUGUUUAUGAUUAUGACUGUAGAUCAUCUCUUAGUUUUUUCAUAGAAUUCAAUAAUAGAGUUUAAUUUAACACUCAUUUAAUAAGGGAAAUAACUGGCUUUACUGAAGGAAGGCUUGGAUGUUUUCGUCAUGAUGAUGAUUAUUAAAGUAAUAUGCGCAUGUUGUUAUCAGAAAAAGGAAAAGUACUACCAAUUAGCAAUCAGCAACAAACAGCGAAGCUCCACUCCAUGUUUGAUUUUUGUUAUGUCUAUGGGUCAGGGCAGUGGGUCUUAACUUGUGGGUCACUACCCCUUAGGGGUUGGCAGGACAAAAUGCCAGAGGUUGCUUAAUAAAUUCAGAGAUAUUAGGAGGGGGGGUGGGGGGGGGGGGUUGUGUUUAAAAUGUGCAUUUUUUAUUAUUUGAAUAUACAUUGUAAAUUGUAAACUUUAUUUAAAUUGAUUGGACUAGUUUCUUAUUGUUACUACACUCUGACUAGAAUACAGCUGCAUAGAGUUGAAUAAAAACAAUGAUGCAGAUGUCUGCAGCUAAUUUAUUAUAAAUAUUUGGUAGUUUUGUUUUCUUAAUUUAAAAAAAAUGUCCUUAUAAAUAUGAUUUCAAAAUUGUUUGCUUAAACUCACAUGGCAUCUUCAAAUACAAUGGAAAGAACAUGCAAAUAAUGCUGUGCGUAAAUAUUUUUUAAAAAAAUUAUGUAAUUGGUUAAUUUGAUGUUGUUUGAAUUUAAUCUUUGAAUUUCUAAAACAGAAAAUUAAUGUAUACGUUGAAUAUUGGUAGAUUACAUAUCCUUGAUAUUCAAGAUGUUCACUUGUCAGGGCCGGGCCGUAUUAUCCAAGUUGGUCAAUAUGCCCCAGGCCCCUGAAUCUCAAAGGGUAGCAUAGCAUUAAGCUGGCCUUGUCGAUUUAGUCAAUUUGAAAUAAUCCAAUAAUGUGAAUAUUUACUUAUUCAAAUACAAUUAAUCCACCUUCAGAUUAUUGUUGCUCUGAAUAAUGGCUCUUACCUUAAACGGUGCUCUCGCUCUCUCUCUCUUGAAGAACUAUUUAAGAAAAAUGUUAUUGUAAAACUAAAGAAAUUUUGGAAGAUGCAUCCCACCUUCUUCAUCACAGAUACUUAGAAUUUGCCCUAUCGGGACAAAUUCUUUCUCUCAAGGCGAGGACUGAAAGAAAUAACAAUUGGUUUGUUCCCAUAUCUGUACGAAUUUUCCAGCCUGCUCCCCCAGAAGUCACAAAAUCUAAAUGAUCACUAAUUAAGCCAGUUAUGACUUAACUGAAUGGCUGUUGUUUUACACCAGAGAAAUAAUUUAAUGUAGAUGUCUUGUGUAUAAAUUGCUAAAGUUGGAAAAUGUGGACUUUAUUAAAAUAUGUAUUUAUAUAUGUGCUGAAAAUGUAUAUGCACAAUGUAAUAAAGAAAACAUUUCCAUUUGUUUGGAUCAAUAAAAGAAUCUUAUCUUUUCUUAGUCUUGACUGUAUUGUUGCUUUGACAGCCAAUAGCCAGUUUAAGAUUGAAACUUAUUCCACUUCCAUGCUGAAAACAGUCUGUUAUGUUAAAGAUGAAUGAUUUAAUUUUUUAAAAAUCUUUUUAUUUAUUCUAACUGGUUUUAUUGUCUCCACUAUGACAGUCAUGACUACUACAGAUGAAAGUGAUUUUAACUACUGCAAUGCUAAAUUUAAGUCCAGAACAUUAGAGACACUGAAGCACAUGUUGGAAUCGCCCAAAGAUGAAGUGGAAAAGCAAUUGGCUCAGUCAAUUUUUGCUUUCUUGCCAGUGUUGGGAGUCUCUUAUGUGGACGAAAAAUGGUAAGCUGAUUUAUAAUGUACCGUUUAUUACCACCUAUUAACAUGAUCCACGUAUAAUGCGAACCCCAGACUUUUUGUAUUAAAAAAGCCUCAAAGUGCCAUGUCCAUGUAAAAUGCAAUCUUCUUCUUCUUCUAUAUCUUAAGGGCCCACGAUCAAUUUAUUGAUCAUUUUGGCUCCUAUGCAUGUAGAUGGGAUUUGCAAUGUUUCUGUUCCUGGUGUUGAUGAGGAAAUUUCACAGAUUUCCAGUGCCACUUUGUGAGGGAAUCAUGCACUGGGGGUUUGAAGGCUCAUCUUGUCAAUAAUAAUACAAUACGAAUUACCAAAAUAAACAUUUAUUUUUAUUAAAAAUGUCAAAAUCCUUAUAAAUUCUUAUACCGGUAAUAGUUAAAAGAAAUAUUGUCAUACCGAAUCAAUUGUGUUAAAAUCCUUUAAAGGUGCAUUAUUUACAUUACUUUUGUUGUAUGCAGAUAUGAUGCAUGCUUGGCUGCUGAAUUCAAGUGGCCAAGAGGAUUUUCUUUUUUUUUGCGUUAGUUUGCGUAUAUAAUAGCUGUAUUGAAAAAAUUCUUACCUGUGUGUAUAAAGUAAACCCCUAUUUUUCAUGAGCAUUUUUUACCCUAAAUUUAUAGCAUUAUAUGUUGUAUUUAUCUUAUUUUAAUAUCGGCAAUUACAGCAAGAUCACAGACAAUAUUUUUGUGUCCCUAAUUUAUUAAAAUGCAAAAAUGCAUUGUCAUGUACAUAUUUUUUACAUGUUUAACUUAUUUAUUAAUAAUUCCUUACAUAUAAACAUUACUUUGUACAAAUCCAGGAAAGGCAUAUACUAUGUGGUUUAAACUAAAGAUGUUUAUUUUACAUAGUUUAAUGCAUUUAGAAGUUGAACGAUCCCAUAAGAAGAACAUUUUUGGACUUUCAUUUAUAUUUCAUUAAAAUAAUCAUAGAGACUUCAUAACUAAUGCUAUAUGGAACAUGGGCCAACACAUAACACUGGCAAUCUGUAAUGAGGCCCACAAAGUUUUGGUGUGUAGAGGUUUCCAAAAUUUAAGCCCUUAAGGCUGCCCCAGAAUCACUAUUGUAAAUAUUUAGAUAAUCUGAAUGCAGAUUGUAUUUAAAAAUUUCUUAGCAUCAUAAAUAGUAAAAUAGUUACAAAUGUGAACUUCGUGUGUUGAUUUUAUUUGUUUAUGUGGACACAGCCUGUGAAAUCAUGAAAUCUCUAACAUUAUAUGUUCUUGUGUACUUUACUAUUCAAGGCCAUCAUUUACGGAGCUGGCUAGUAACCCUGCAUUUAAAGAAUUUUUAUUUGCUAUUUUAUCAUUGGGGAGAGGUGCUAAAAGUGACCAUCAGUUAUUUAAAAAGGUAGGUUCAUUUUUUUCUUAUUAACAAAACCUAAUUAAUUGUCUUAGUUCUGAUUAAAAUUUACCUGUACUGCUCACUGAUAUCAGAGGAGCCAGUAAUUAAAUCUCUAAGAUAAUAAAACACAGUCUUUGAACAGAGUUUUAUUAGUAGAGAAAAAUUGGACAUUUUCUAAUAAGUAUGCUUUAUGAAUUAUGAAUGGAAAUAGAAAACGUUAAAGUGAAUUGAGUCUACCAUAACUACCAGGGCUGCUUGUUUGCUAUGAUGCCAUCGAAUGACUUUAUUUUCUAAAUACAACAUCACCAUUAAAGGAAUAAAUACCUCUUGUAAUUUUUAUUACAGACUGCAAAGCCAAAUAAAAAUUUAGUGCUUGGAUUGACUGGGAAACCAGUACAUCAGGUAUCUUUACUUUUCUCCUUAUUUGUAAUUAUUAUACAUACAUUUUUAAAAAUUUUAUUUUGUUUAAAACAAAAAAAAACACCAUAAAAACCAAAGAAAAGAAAAAGAAGAAGAAAAAAAAUAUACAUAUGUUUCACUCAUUCAUAAAUAUAUAUGUAUUAUUAUAUGGAAUCCUUCCAUCUUUGUGAGACGAUAGAGUAUCUAUUGACACUAUAUCAAAUGGCUUAUGGGGCUAAUCCUGGAAUGGCUUUCUUGACUGCACUUCUUGCAGUAGAACCUUAAUCCCUGAUUGAAUUUGGCCUUCCUCAAUGUUCUUUUUGUUGCAAGGGCUUCUUGUCGCUUAUCAUUCACCUGUUCGACUCCUUCAUACACUGCUGUUCACCAUGUCAAACUGUGUUCAGCAAUGAUCUCCCAUUCAUUGAUUUCUAUGUUGGCUUCCCUCAUGUUCCUUUUGCAUACAUGUUUUAAAAGACCGACCAAAGCAUCCGUGCAAGGUCACAUCCUCCUUUAUAAAAAAAAACAGAAAAAAUGUGACCAAGAAGCAGCUCCCCCUACAAUUCAGUUCUGUAAUGUUCAUGGUUAUUUCAACCACUGUUUAAUUUUCUCUAGUAAAUUUAAUUUCACUGAGUAGUUUUUCUGUACUUUAGCUUUGAAGGUUUGAAGACUAGCAAAUUAUGUAUAUUAAAAGCAACGUUAAGAUUUAAUCAAUUCAUUUGUGUUGCAAAAAAUCAGCUUUUUUUCAAUAGAUAUAAUAAUUUUUAAAUUAAAUUAUCAGGUUUCUAAUUUAAAUAACUUAUUCUUUGCAUUAACAUUUUUCAGUGAUAAGGGAUUUCCAACUAAAUAACAUUUCCAUCCAAAUAAUAUUUUUUUAUAUUUUUAUAACAAUUUUAUCAGACAGAUCAAGAAUCAAUGGCAAUACCUAAGCUAAAGAAGGUACUAUUUUAUUUUUGAAUAACUUGAAUCUAAGUAUAUUUGUAUAUAUUUAAAGAGCAUAGUCAUUUAUUUUUGAAUAAAAAGCCAUAUCAAAAUUUAAAUCUGUAAUAUAAUCGGGUAUGGAGAUAUUGAUAAUCGUAUGUUCCCCCUCCCCAAAAAAAAAAUUUUUUCUUUGUGCUUGAAAUGUAAAAACAGAAUAUGAUAAAAUACAUACUAAAGAUUUUGCUUAUAAAUAAUAAAUUUGCUCUCCAAUUAAUUACAGGAAAAUAUGGGUGGUUGUAAUGAAUAUCAAACUAUUUUUUUUAUAAUAGCUUUACUCUUACUAUCAGAUAAAUACGUAAAAUAAUUAUUUAAUUAUGAUAUUAAAUAUAUUUCUAAUUAUUUAACAAUACUUGCAAGUUAAAGAUUAUAAAAACUUAGCUAUAACUAUAAGCAGAUUUUAUUUUAUCACAUUUAAAUCGUUUUCAUUUCCGUAUCACUUCACUAUCAUUGUUUAUUAGAAUCGAGUCUUAUGCAUCUAAAUUAGCUCUUUCUUAUCUAUAUUAAAUAAAACUCUCUGGACAUGCUUUUAUUAAUGGCAUGAGUUAAUUUAAGAAUGUAUGAUGAACCUAAACAGCAGGAACUUUGUUUGAUAAAACACAUUAUAAUGGACCUUGAAAAUGUUUGGCUAUUAUUUACAGAAAUGUUACAUUAUCUUACUUAAAAUAAAGUAACAUCGCUAUAGUACCACAUUACAAUAUUGAAAAAGGCUGCUGAAAUGUUUUUCACUCAGCAUUUCAUUCUGAUUUCUGUAUAUUUACAUAAGCAGCUGAAUUUUCAAUAAAUAUUUGAUAUUGGCUGUGUUUUACCUUCUCCUUAACAGCCCAAUAAAUAAUUGCCUUACUAGGCUGCCAAGUCUGUUCAAAGAUUUACUGACUACUGCGCUGACAAAUACAUGUAGUCUACCUAUUUACUUAUAAGUUUGGAUGACUGGAUAAUGCUCCGAAACACACUUUAAAUUUGUUUGAAUAAUAUAGUUACAUGAUUGGAAUAUGGAUUAUUCUAGUUAUAUUAUUGGAACAUGAAUUAUUCUAGCCCCUAUAACAUUGGUUUUUCAUUGUUCUAAUUAGAACUUUAAGGCAUGGAUUUUUCUGUAUUUUUUUCCAGGACAAUUCAGAUCAGGAAUUUAUUAAGUUAAAACAAUAUUGUGAAGAGGAAAUCAAGGAAUUGGACGAUAACCUCAAUGAGGUAUGUUCUUUUGUGAGAAAAUAAUUGUGGCAAGUACUGUUAGUCCCAUAAUACUCUUUGGCUUUUGUCCUCCCUAUAUUAUAAUUAGUUCUGUUAGGGGAGAGAUACAGAGAAUAUUUCCAUGACACAUUUUUAUAUUUCAAAAAGAAUUUAGAGCCAUUUUAAUUUUCAUGAUGAUUGAAAAGACCAUUUAAUUCAAUGAUCUUUUUUUUUGGUUAUGAUGUGUGUGACAGGCUGAUAAUUUUGAUGUGUGUGACAGGUUGGUUUACUUGAUGGAACAUUAUGUGUGUCACAUGCUUAUCUAUUUGAUUUGACAGUAUUAGUGUGACUGGUUGAUCUAUUUGAUGAUACAAUAUGUGUGUCACAUAACUGUCUAUUUGAGGGUGCAAUAUGUGUCACAGGCUUAUCUUCACUAUAUUUCAUAAUUAUGUUGUAACUCUUGCAGUUAAAUUUGGGACGUGGGGGGAGGGGGGGGGGGAAUUUGUGGAUUGAAAAGCCUGGUACUAUUUGAGGGUGCAAUAUGUGUCACAGGCUUAUCUUCACUAUAUUUCAUAAUUAUGUUGUAACUCUUGCAGUUAAAUUUGGGACGUGGGGGGGGGGAGGGGGGGGGGAAUUUGUGGAUUGAAAAGCCUGGUUAAUUGUUAAUACGAUAGCAAUUUUAUUUCUAGUUCUGUUAAAAUUCAGAACUUGAUCUAAUUACAAAGAUACAUUUUAUAUAUAUGAAGUGGCUAUUCAAAAUGGCCCCGGACAGCGCCACCAUUUGCACCUGGGUCCCAUUAGACCAAUGCUAUUCAGAUGUCAUUUGUGGCAGUUUUAGUUAAACUGAAGAAGUAAUUGCACAAGCAUAUAGUCUAUUCAAUUAUCUUUCAUUUGAUACCUCUUUUUGUCUAACAAAUCCAGCAAUAAAAUUUUAAAUAGUUUUUUAAUGCCAACCUCUCACUUCUGGUACCCGGGUACGAAUAGGCACAGCCUUAUAUAUAUAUAAUAUAUAUAUAUAUAUAUAUAUAUAUAUAUAUAUAUAUAUAUAUAUAUAUUAUAUAUAUAUAUAUAUAUAUAUAAUAUAUAAACAAACAUUUAAACUAUCAUCAAAUUGCAGAUAUCAAUGCGCUGGAAUACAUCUGAUGGUAAGCAGACAUUUUGUAUAUGCAUAAAAAUAGUUUCUAUGAUUCUUCAUUGCAUUGAGGUAAGAUUAAAUGCCAGCAAGACACCAACACCUUAUUAUAUUCCAGGUGUCUUGAGUUGUUGUCGAUGGAAGAAGAUAAAACAGAGCUUUCUAGUGUGUAUCUCAAAGAGACCAGCUCUCCAUUAUUUGUGGACCUUUUUUCACAUGUGGACAACUGAGCGACUAUACACUAACCUGAUAAAACUUAGAAUAAAAAUUGAAGUUCGCCGAUAUUUUAUCAAGAAAUCACAAACUUUGCCUGACUUUAAGCUCAGCAAAACAAAAACAGGAUAAUCUUACAGACAAACACAUAAAUCGCAAAAUGUGCAAAUGUUAUGAAAAAGAACUUAUUGAAAGACUUCUAGCCAUGUAAUAGUAAAGUGUCCCAAAUAAAUAUAACCCAGAACCAACAAGAGACUUAAGAUACUAAUAAGCCAUAAUACAGGGGAAGAAGUAGUUGAUGUCUUAAGGAAAAUUAGACAAAUAAAAUGGAUAACGAACAAUUUGCUAGAAUUAAAUUUCACUUAUUUUUAUUUUUAUGUUGUGUCAGUGGAACAGAGAAAGUGAUUAAAAACAAAAAAAAAUUAUAUUUUAAAUAUGAACCUUCAAUGCCAAAUUUAUUGCUUCUAAUCAGUUUUCUUCUGGGCUAAAAAAUUAAGGUGACCUGGGAAUACAGAACUGCAAAACAAAUGAGAGUGAAUUAAAUCUCAGGGUCAAUGAAUUGAAGUUGCUUGUUGAAGUAAGCUUUUUUUGUUUUCAAUUAAUCAUUAAAAUUUCCAAUAUUCCUUUAGUGAGGUUUUUAGAAAAAUGAUAUGUAAGCAACCAAUAUAUUUAAUUUAUAGUUUAUUUUUAAUCAUGGAACACAAGCUUGGCAUGUGAAGAUAGUUGGGCUAAUAUUUGCCCUUUGUCAAUCAUUGUAAAACAUUAAUAUCCAUACUGAAUUCUACAUAAUAAUUUAUUCUUUUGUUACUUUUUAAUUAUUAUUUUUUUCUUUUAACUUUAUAGUCUAUAUUAAUUUCUGUAUAACUUCAUUAAAUUUGAAAUAGCUGUAUUAACUUUAAAUGUCUAUAUUUACUUUUAAAAAUCCACACCCUCUUUUGAGCAUGUGUUAUCUUUCUAAAUUGAAAUGUCUAUACUUACUUAUAUUCAGAUAAUGCAAGUAAAUAAGUUAUAAAUUUCCAUUAGUGUCUUCUAUAUAUGUAUGCAUUAGUAAUUGCUUAGUUUUUUAUUAGACUUUUUUAAUAAAUUGCGAAUUAAAUCUCCCAACUGUUUUCAUAUCAAUUUAACUUUUUUUUUUCCUUCAUUUUAUUCUGUUUUUCCCUUCAUAAAAUCUUGCUCUGUUGGAUUGGUUAUGGUAAAUUCAGAAAAAAAGAAAUCACAUGAAUUUGCAGAAAACCACAUUUAUUAGUGAAAUCAAUUCUUUUCAUUUUUAUUUCAAAAUAUUUCUAAAACCUGUUCUUCAUUUAUUUCCCUAUGUAAUCAAGGAACGGUUGAACAAACUUAGUGGUGGCAUACAAGAAAUGAUGUCCAAAUGGCGACGUCUUGAAGCCAUUUUACAUAUCAAACAUGAUUUAUCAAACGAAGCUAUACAUACAGCUCAUACACAAAUGCAGCACCUGCAAGAUGUGUGAGAAAUUUUCUCUUAUAUUUUCUAACUUUAUCUGUGACAUUUUUAAUCUUGAUUGCUUGCAUGACAUAUUUAUUUAUUGUAAUGCAGCAUCUGUUCACAUGACAUAGGCUAUUUGUUGAUUCAAGUGUUCCAUAGAGCAAAAUAUUUAAUGGGUUUCAUAUUUUGUUUUUAAAAAUUUAAAUUUUGGAAUAUUCUUGAAAAGACUUUGUUACCUGUAGUAAUUUUAUUUGUGCCCAGUUUGUUUGACAUUAGUACCGGUUAACUGUCUAAGACGUCUCAUGCUCCACUUGUAGUACAAUAUGAAGUCAGUGUUCUUCCCACAUCAUUUUUAUUAUGGAAAAAAAUACACUUAGAUACCUCCAUAAAUAUACAAUGUCUUAUUUCGCAAAGGAUGAAAUAUAAAAUAUUAAUUGUACGUACCUCACUAUAAAUCCACUGUCGCUCUCAAAAAAUUUUUUAGCUAUAUCAUAUCACUCAAAACUCUACAUAUGCUAUGUCCACAGUGAUGAAUAGACUUUUCUCCACUGCUAAUUUAACAUUUUUAACAUAGCAGACCAAAAGUAUAGUUCCUUCCCUAAUUAAUCACUCAUAGCACUUCACCAUGUGCAGUUCUGAUGACUUUUACUCAGGGAUGAUUGAGCAACAAAUAUGAUAAUGUUACAGACUUUAUAGUGAUUGUAGUCCCCAUUGGAUUGUUAUAAUGUUCUAUAUCUAGAUGUGACAACCUAUAAUAUUGAAUGAUGUAAAUUUAGACUAUAGACUUUGAAGGUCAUUUUGACAAGGACUAAAUUACUAAAGGACUAAAGGACUAAACAUAUUUCAAUUAUAAAUUAUACUUUUUUUCUUUCCAUCAUGUUCAUAUAUAUAGUUUUAGUACUGAUGCUCUGUGCAAUAGGACAGAAUAGUAUACAAAUUCACAAAGAUAUUCCCACUGAAUGCAUACACAUCAGUUGGCAUUGCAUAUACAUCCGAUAGUGGCAAAAUAUUGAUACCGCGCACUUUCGCAUUUGCUGGCCCAACAAUUUGGAACGCCCUUCCUGUCGCUCUCAGAAACAGCCAGACACUGGAGUCCUUUAAAAACGAUUUAAAAACACAUCUAUUUCGCAAACACCUUCUGGGGUUAUGUUGUCUACCAUCUUUUACCAGUUAAUGUAUAUUGGCUGGUGUUGUUUAUGGUUGAGAGGGAUGAAAGACUUUGACUUGGUUUGCUCGUAUGUAGUUUUAUAGUGUUGCGUUUGUUUUUAAAUGUGCUAAAUUAUAGAUUGUUUUUAUUUCUCUUUUCUAAUAUGGUUGACUUCGAGCUUUUGGGGAUGAAGCUUGUUUUUCAAAUAAACUUUAUUAUUAUUAUUAAAAGGAAAUAGAAAUGGUUACAAUACAAUAUAUUUCCUGUCAAAUUAAUGGAGUUGAUUUAAAUUAAAUUCUUAAUAAUAAAAUUAGUUGUUUUUUUAAUUGGAUUUUAGUUUCAAACAAGCUUAUAACCUGACCAGAAAGGACCUAUGGUGCUACAAGCCUUUCCGCCAAAAAUUGGAAGCACUGAAAUUAAUCAUAAAGAAUAAGUAUGUUGUCAAUAGUAUACCAAAAAGUAUGUUGUAUUUAGCAUACCCCCAAGUAUGUUGUCUUUAGUAUAUCAUUAAGGUAGUUAUCUUUAGUAUAUCGCCUAGUAUGUUGUCUUUAGAUUAUACUAAGUAUGUUUAAUCUAGUAUACCACUAUUUAUGUUGUCUUUAGUAUGUCACUAAUAAUUUGUCUUUAGUAUUCCACUAAGUAUUAUUUUUGGUAUACUGCUAAGUAUGUUGUCUUUGGUUUAUCGCUAAGUAUGUUGUCUGUAGUAUACUACUAACUAUGUGUUUUUUAAUAUACCACCAUGACUUUAUUUAAUGAAAAUAGACUCUAAAAUCUUAGGUCGCAAAUAUUCCUACAACACUUAAAGUUAUUGUCAGUAAUAUUUGAAAUGCUGUUCCAUCUACAUGAGCAAAACUGUUUUUCAUACUGUCAAUAUGAUAUUGAUUUCUUCCUACUGAAAUAAACUCAAAAUGACCUACAAAACUUUUCCAGAUUUUACCCCUCCUCCCCCCCUCCUCCCUCCCCCAAAUGUUUCCUUUUACUUUGACAUAAUUUAAGAGACAAAUUACUUUUAUGCAUAUACCAGACCUGUUUACCCUCAAACUCUUAAAAUUGUACAAUAUCAUCACAAAAUCGUUCAAUACCUUAUAUUUAUAGUAAAAAAAAAACCAUACAGUAUAUGUAAUAUUUCCACCUCAAAAUCGUACAUUGUGCGCCAAAAUCAUAAGACUAAACAGGUCUGAUAUACCAUAUUUUUGCCAGCAUAUACAAAUAUAGGACGUAUGCAAAUAUAGGACACAACUUUUUCCCCUCAAAAUACAGGUGUGUCUUAUGAGCCGGUAGUAAAAAAAUUAUGGAUUUAAAAAGUGGGUGUCUUAUACGGCAGCAUAUAACAGCAGCAAUACACAACUCUUCCAUCUUCAUUUCUCCCCAGUGCUUGGUGCUAUGAAAAACAACCACCAAAAUGUCUGGAAGUUGCAAAAGGAAAAAGAGGGGAAUUUGUAUUGACUAUCCGGUUUGUAGUUAUUUGUCUGUGGGUGUGUUUAAUUAUCAUUUUGUGAUAAUGACAUUUACAGUUUCUGUGGCUUUGCUUUUGUACGUUACAAGUGUACAAGUUAUUCUAUUUUUAAUAAUUCCUCGUUUAUAUUUUUUUUUGCAAUUUUGCUUGAUAUUUACUUUAAAGCGAGUGUUAGUCUGAAAAGAGAACAUUCAUAAGUUUUUUACUUUCUUACUAAAGUGGUUACCAUUGCCAUACAUAAUUGUACAUAACGGUCAUAUUUUUUUAAAGCAAUCACUCUCCCAUCACUUUCUGUCCAUUUAUUUAUUGAGCAUGAUUUAUUUUACACAUUUUUUUUCAGUAAAGUUAGGAGCUUUGUAGCCUACAUAUAUCUCUAUUCAUCUUAUUUUUUUACAUUUACUCCAAUCUUUUGUUUCAUUUAAAAUUAACUGAUAGGUUUUAUUUUUGUUUCAUUGCCUUAUCGGAGAUUUUUUUUUUCACUAUUUCAAUUUUUACCCCAGAAUUUUUGGCAUUUCUGAAGAUCAGUUGGAUAGGAACUUCACAUGGAAUUAUAUUCUUGAAAAGGGUUGUGAUGAUAAGGUAAUGAAAUAAAUUAACUCUGAAAGAAAGUUUCUAAAUAUAUUUGAUGAGUGCAGAAGCGUAUAGUGCAAUAAAGCUGAGUAUCCAUGCCGACAUCAUCAUCGAAUAUGGGUACCAGCAUUAUCAACCAAGACACUGGUACCUGAACCAGCAUUAUUAGCCAAGAGAUGGGUACCAGCAUUAUUAGCCAAGACAUAGGUACCAGCCUUAUAAUCCAAGACAAACCUUUAAACUACACCAUCAGGUUUAGAUAUGAAAGAUUUUGGGUUUCAGUUUCUGUAAUCAAAUAAGAAAAAAUUCCAAUGAAGAAAUGGAAUACAGAGCUUUUGAAAUACCGGUUAGCAUUACUCUGCACAGAAUGCAUUUAAGAUGAUGCAUCAAUUGCAUGCCACAACAGAAAAAAAACACAACAGGAUGCCACUACAAAAGGAUACCACUUAUGGAAAGAGGAAUAGGCCUCGGCAAUCCUGCUAAACUCUCGGUGGAUAGGGAUAGUUGAAAUGUAUUAAUUUAUUUUUACAUCUGUCUAUGGUACAUCAGGGCCUUGAUACAUCUGGGCGUGUGGUACAUCUGGGCAUGUGGUACAUCAGGGCUUUGAUACAUCUGGGCGUGUGGUACAUCUGGGCAUGUGGUACAUCAGGGCUUUGAUACAUCUGGGCGUGUGGUACAUCUGGGCAUGUGGUACAUCUUGGCAUGUGGUACAUCUGGGCAUGUAGUACAUCUGGUCCUGUGGUACAUUUGGGCAUGUGGUACAUCUGGGCAUGUAGUACAUUUGGACAUGUGGUGCAUCAGUGCAGUGACUAUCUCUAAGCAGUUUAUGUCAUUUGAGUAAAUACAAGAGCUCAUAUAGUCAAGAAUUGUAUUUUUAUUUUGAAUUAAUUAUUGAAAGUUAUUUGAUAAAGCUUGACUGUUUCAGAUUAUCAGAAAAGAAGUUAAAGUAAUCGGUGAGACCAGUGUUCAGUCCACUGAGUGUGGCAUUCUUAUCUCUGUUAAUAUGCGACUGGAAGACUACAAAAGAACUACUAAGCGUACCUCUGAGGACAGCUUUGAUCACUUUAACAGAAUUGUGUGCCAAAUUAAAUUCAAAAUGACAGACUCCUUGAAAGUGGAGGUAACUGAAAAUUUUUCACAAGAAAUAAUACAUAGAUCAGACAUAUCAAAAAUGAUACCUCGCUAUAGAUGCUAAUAAUAACAUAAUUAAGAUGUAUAUAUUUAGACGACCUAAUUUGUAUAUUUCAAUAAAGACAUAACAAAAAUUAUUCAGACAUCCCAAGAAAUACCAAAUUAAAUUAUUUUUUUUAACGAAGUGGCUAUUCAUACCCAGGUACCAGAAGUAAGAGGUUGGUAUUAAAAAAACUAUUAAAAAUUUUGUUGGGUUUGUAAGACAAAAUGAGGUAUGAAAUGAAAGAUAAUUAUAUGGACUAUAUGUUUGUAAACUUAAUUCUUCAAGUUAACAAAAAUAAACUACCACAAAUGACAUCCGAAUAGCAUUGGUCUAAUGGGACCCGGGUGCAAAUGGUGGCGCUGCGUGUCCGGGGCCAUUUUGACUAAAUGCUAUUUGGAUGUCAUUUGUGGUAGUUUAUUUUAGUUAAACUGAAGAAGUAAGUGUACAAAAAUAUAGUUCAUUCAAUUAUCUUUAAUUUGAUACCUCAUUUAGUCUUACAAACCCAACAAUAAUAUUUUUAAAAGUUGUUUAAAUCCCAACCUCUCACUUCUGAUACCUGGGUACGAAUAGUCGCAGCCUUUUUUAAAAAUACUCCUAACCAUUUUUCUGUGGUGUCGGUCAACCAUUUUUUGGUGGUAUCUGUCAAUCUUCGUGAGAUGAUGCUGUCUUGUUUUGAUUUAUAUCUUAGCUAGUGCCUGUUAGUCUCAGCUUCACUUUAUGUCCUGGAGCAAUAGUCCCAGUUCCACUUUUUGCAGGAGAAUCUUGACUGGGGGUUCACUUUGCCCUGCCAGUGACAGUCCCAGCUCCACUUUUUCAGCAGAACAUUAACUGGUGGUUUAUUUCAUCCGACCAUUUUACUCUUUAUUCUAUGAUCUUUAGGUUUUGUGCAUUCGCUGACCAUUUAACCUCCAAAUUGACCUACUGUACACCAGCCUGAACAGUCAUCAGUCAUUAGUGCUUUCUAAUGUUAAUUUUGACUACAUUCAUACCUUCUUAGAGACCCAGCAAUACAGUUAUGGCCUUUGAUGUUACACUUAACACCAUUCUGGAAGUGUAGACCUACCUAUUCAGUACUGUUUGUAUUAGCCCAUGCUGUACUUCAGUGUUGUAUUUCCAAUUUGUAAAACUUUUUUUUUUUUAAUCCUGUGAAAGUGAUCCGAGGCAAAGAAAAUUUCCUUCUAAUGAUCUGCUGAAGUAAAAUAAUUGUCAAAUGAUUACAAGUAAAUAUAUAGAUGUCUGUUGACCAGUUUUAAUGAGAUAUCAUUAUUUUAUUUUCACCUGCUAAGAUUAAGAGACCUUGAAACCCGCAAAUGGAGGCCAGCCUCUGGUUUCAUCUCACUUCACAUGCUCAUCUGAUUUGUUUGGGGGAUACCAGGAAAGACUGGAACAAUUUAAAAUCUUUUUAUAAUCCUUUUUAUUAACUUCGUUUUUUUUCCAUGUGUUUCUUUCUUUAUGUAUUUAUUUGUGGUGGCAAAAUCUUCCGGAGGCUAGUUGACCCACUUCCCAUCAUCCUAUCAAGCUAGCCAAUGACGAUAUAUUUGUUCAAAUUUUCAGCCCCACCCCCAACCCCCAAAAUUAUUUUUUCCUUUUUUUCAAGUGGAGAGGAAUAUUAAUGAUUUUUUUCAAUGGGUGUGUGUUUAGAUGUGGAGCUUAAAUGUGUAGCUGUUGCUAUGUGCUUGUGUAUUUUUGGGUUAAAAUAUAUCUUUAGUCUAUUAGGUUUUAUAUGCACAAAUUUGAUAAAAAUCAUUCCCGUACUAAAAAAUCAUUUGCUACUAUCACAUGAUAAAUCACAUACAUAUUAUGUAACAAAAUGCAUAUAAAGGAUUUAUACCAAAAACUUUGUUUUUAGGGGUUGUUAAAUUAUUAGAUAAGGAGAGUUCAUCUAGCGCCCUGUAUAGUACUAAUAAAAUCGUGGUUAUGUAUCUUCAAUGCAAUUGGGUACAGCAAACCAUGCAAAUGGAUUGAAUUUAUUACUUUGAAUUGUUUCACUUAUUUGUAAAUUUUUAAAAAAAAUGAAAUUGGGGCAAGUUGUGUUUUUCUGUGCUGGUCUACUUGGCUGUUGAUUUGUUUCCUUCCCUGCAGUGUUGGUCCCUUCCUUUCACUGUCAGGACCGGCAACUCACAGCUGUGGCCUUACACUGGAGCUGUCGAUUGGUACUGCUGGGCUCGAGAAGAUCUGGUCAGUAUUUUCUUAGUAUGGACAAUGGAACUACUCUUGUGGGUAAACAAUCCUUCCCAGUUUCAGUGUAAAAAUCUGAUGCCCUGAAAGUGUAGGAUGGUGAUGCCCUGAGAGUGUGGGUUGGUUAUGCCCUGAACUUAAUUCUUUACUCACAAAAGUCAGGAGCUGUUAUAGUAUAAUCAUUGCCAACAUAAAAAAUUAUCUGUCUAUUGCUCAAUAGCAUUAAUUUGAUUUUGAUGAGGUGUGGGGGGGGGGGGGGGGGGGGGGGCUAAAUUGAACUAUAAAUCAUAUAACACAUAAUAUGCAUUAUUAUUUAAUUCAUCAAGAAUUCCAUUUCAUUAGGCAAAGAAGUAUAGUGGUAAGAAAUUUCAUCCAAUUGAUAAAGUUGUCCUACAUACCUUUUAUUACAGCAUUUUUUCAGGGAGGAGAUGACAUAUGUCUAAGACUUAAUUAUUUGGGAUUUUAGAACAAAAAAUAAGAACCCAUUGUACCUUUAAUAAAAAAUUAAAACUUUAGUUUUUCAAUACGUUUCAUAUGCAUUCUCUUAAAAAAUAUAUAUUUGUAAUUUUUAUUUCCAAACAUAUCUAAAGAUGCUUACAAAAUGCCUUUUUUUUUUUAAUAAACUUCUGAUAGUAUAAGGCACCAUACAGGUGUCCCAAAGAUAUGAACAUGGACAAUGGGUUAUCCAUGCUACAAGCUAAAUAUGAAGCUAUUGAUCCUGAAGGUUUCACUCCGGACCAUAUAAAAACUUUGCAAACUAUGAUACAGUGUAAGUUCCUUUAAUAAAGUUUCCUUGAGCCCUUAGGUAAAGUAUUUUAAACUUUUCAGCCAAAUAGUAUUGUGCUCUGCUGCUCAUUGUCUAUUUUAAAGGUCCUGUUUUUAAUGUGAAAACCAUAUGGGUUUUUUUUUGGGGGGUGGAUAUUUCAUGACAAUAGAUAUCAUUUUUACAUAAGUAUACCUGUGAAUGCAUGAGGUUCUUUUCUUCUAUUAUUGGCGAUUGGGAAAAAUAAGUUAAUAAUUCAAAAACUUUUUACUAGUUUAUCAUGGACAUUUGAGUUAAAUAUUGUCAUGCAAUAACUUCAUUCAAAAUUUUUAGUAUUGAUGAUUGGCCCAAUAGUUUUAAAUUGGCCACCAGGAGAAUGUCAUAAAUUAAAUAGAAGAGUGCAUCUCCACUUAAUCAAAUUAUGACACAAUAAAUAACUUCCCUUGAUUUCCAGCUUUCAUUUCAAGGGCAAGCUAUCUUAAGGGGCUUAAAAUCUUUUUUAAUUCAAAGUCUCUAAGCAAAGAGCUACUUGAGAUCUUCGAACACAUACGUUUUUGAUAUACAAUAGGUACUCCAAACCAAUUUUUCAAACUAAACCAACAACAUUUUUGAGUGUUUAAGAUGAAAGAGUUAAGACUUCUAAGAAUGUAGACAUUAAAUUUAUGACUAUUAUUAAGAUAGUUAAGCUAUUUUAAUUAUUUUUUUCUCCGCUUACGAAAUGACAAAGACCCAUAUUCAUGAGUCAUUAUCUUAAAAUGUUUGUCCCCUGCACUCAUUUCCUUUACAAUACUUACAAAAUUCUAUAGAGAAAACAAACAAAAAUUUUUUUCAGCGUAUGGGACAUCAAACUAUUAUAAUUUAUUGUCGUAAAGAUGGCAUUUUGUACAAUUUUCAAAUUUUACCAAGAGAGGCAAAAAAAUCACAAAAAUGACCUAUUUUUAAAAAUUCACAAAAAAAUUAUCUAAUUUACUCAUAAACAUCAUUCAUAUAGCAAUUUAAAAGAGAAUCAAAGAUCUGUAGACCAAUUCAUAUUUGACAAAUAGCUAAAUAUUCAAGAGGCCUAAUUUAUUUUACACGUUUUGCACAUUUUUCAAAAUAAAAAUUAAAAAUAACAUCCUAUAUGUUUGAAAUCACUUAGGAAGUGACUAUAAUUGUUGUCUUCAUAUAAAGUAAGCAUACUUGACACCACAAAAUACCGCUGAAUAAUAUAAACAUUUGAAAAAAGUAGAGUACAAAAAUGUUUUUUUUAUAUAUAAUUAUUUGUUUGUUUCUUGUUUUGUUUUUUUGUCAGCUGAAGAGGGCAUUUAGCCAAAAUGUCCACUUAAUUGUCCUGUAUUUAAUAGUCCUGUAUUUUCUUUAAAGCUUUCUUAAAAACAUAUCUUGUUCCACUAUUUAUUUACUUUACGUGGUUUCAAAGCAGUCGCUCAUACAUUAUCCUCUCAAAGGGUUUAACCAGUUUUUAUUUCAUUGGCUAGUUAUCUUUUAAGGGGGUUAACCAGUUUUUUUAAAUGUUUUUAUUUUAUUAAAAAGCAAAGAGUUUCCCUUCAAUAAAAGAAAACCUCAUUUUAUCACAAGAUUUUCCCCACAAAAUUUAUCAAACAUUUUAAUACAUUUUUUUUACCUCAGCAUGUAAUACAACGCACGAGACCUAUCUAUUACAAUAGUACCAUUUCGGCUAUUCAUCUAUGUAAGCAUGUAAACAUUUUUGACACAAUUUUCUCUACAUAUCUUUCUUUCAGCAUUCACAACGGGCAGAUGUAUAAAGAUGCAUGAUUUUAUCCAAAAGAGCAUGCCAUAUCAGAACCAUGGAAAACUUAAAAAUCCCACUGAUCACAAGAUAUCAUUUUAUACCUGGUUUGUUGCUGUGUGUAACACAGCUAAAAAAUUUAAGAAGUGUUUAGUCACUAAAAGCCACGAUGAAGAAAACUUCAGGUAAGAAUAAGAAAAAACGUUUUUAUGGAUGGUCAUUAUUUCUAUCAUAUGUUGUCAUUGCCUCACUUUUAGUUGGUCAUUUUUUCAAAUGUUGGUUGUCAUAAUUUAAACAAAUUUGUCAUUAUUUCAAAUGUUGGUCAUCAUUAUUUCAAAUGUUGGUUGUCAUUUCAAAUGUUGGUUAUCAUUUUUAUUCUUUAAAUGUUGGUUGUCAUUCAAAAAAUUGACCUUAAUUUUAAAUGUUGGUUGUCAUUUUUUUCAAAUGUUGGCUGUCGUUAAAAAUGUUGUCUUUAUUUCAAAUGUUGGUUGUCAUUUUCAAAUGUUGUUCAUCAUUAUUUCAAUUUUUGGUUGUCAUUAUUUUAAAUGUUGGUCGUCAUUAUGUCAAAUGUUUGUUUGUCAUUAUUUCUACUCUAGGUUUAUUGCAAGUUUUUUAUCCUAUGAAGCGUGCUUGUCAACACUGAAAAGACAGCCCAUUGGAAGUACUAUUUUAAGGCUCUCACAAAACCGUGUAAUCAGUACCCAAUCCUCUAUGCCAUGUGCAAGUAUUAUUGUUCACGUGGUUUCAUAUCCAGAUGGUUAGUAGCCUAUAUUUUUUAUGCACAAGAUGAAGUCUCUAUAUUUUAAACAGUGUUUAAUUAGAGUGCGCCGGCUGUAUGUCUCAAAUUGCAUUGUUUAAUGAUUGGUUAAUAUAAAAUGUGGAUCUUGGCACCACUUGUGUUAUGCGGGGUAAUACAAUAUUGUAAUAUCCUGAUUAUAAAAAAAAUGUAACCUCCAGAAAUAUAUCACUUAAUUAUAUAUACAGGGUGGGCCAAUAAAAGUGAGAACAUUUCGUAGCGUAAUAUUUUACGAGAUGUUCUCACUUUUUUUGGCCCACCCUGUAUAUCGCUUAAUUAGUCUAGCUUUUUUUGGGUACAAUAUUAUAAAAUUAAUUUUGUGACAGUAUGAAUUUUAUGUGUUGGGCAUAUCUGUAUUUUAAUUAUCUGAAAUAAUGAGAAGAAAACUGAUCCAAUUUAUUUAGCUAAUCAAAAUGAUGUUGAACAUUUCAACUUUAUUUAUAUUUUGUUGAUUCUUUGUAAGUCACUCUUUACCCCUUAAGGAGUUUUUUUAAGUAGAGAUUUGAAUAAUAGUAAGAAACAUGAAUAGAAUAUAAAAAAUUUAUAUUAGUUUCCCUGAAUUGGGGCUAGUUAUGGGAGUAAGAUGGAGAGAAUAAUGAUAAGAUGGGGGCAGCAGAGGAAAAGAAGGAAGUAUUUAAGAGGGGAGCUUCAGAUGCCAUUAUUUACCCUAUGUUUUGUUAUUACAUGAAAACAACGCUACAUACCACAAUGUACUAGCCAGGGUUUUAAGAGGUCUCAAAAGCUCAACAGAAUAUGUGCGUUAGUAGCUUAUACAUUUCUAACACAAACAUGGAUAGUGCUAAUUGGCUAGUACACCCUAUGUGAGUGCCCCAUUGUGUUAUUUCCAACUACUUACAGAUUAUAAAGAUCCUGUGUCACACCAUGUGUGCAACUGUGACAAUGAAGAAGAUCUCAUCAGAGAGCUAUCAGGUCUGGCCCUGCCUGAUAAAAAUCCAUUAGUUAAGACAAUUGUUUAUCCCCGAGAUAUUUCUUUCACUGAAAUAAAAAAGUGCUUUCCAGGUUUGUACCUUUUCUUUUUUUCCUUAACUGCAUUUUUAAUGAAUAAUUUCACCUUGCUGCUGAUAUGUUCUUUCCAAUGAAAGUAUAACCUACCUCAACCUGUAUAAAUGUUUGCAUAUUAAGUUGAAAAAACAGGAACAUUGUAAAUAAACUUUGUAUGUUCUUGCAGUUUUAAUUGACAGAAAUUUGUUUUAUUUCCAAAUUAAUUCUGUUAAUUAAAUUAACCAUAUUUGUUUUUAAAAAAUGUAUCAUAAUUUACACAGGCUACAAAACAUCCUUUUCUCUCUUCCCCCCCCACCCCCCAAAAAUAUCUGAACCAGUGGUUCUCAAACUUUUUCAGACAAACACCCCCACCCACCUCCAUGAGGGCAAGGCCAUAAACUCAUCCUGAGUGCGCCCCCCCCCGGUUUUCUCAAUUUCAAAAUUCUCAGAAUAAUAUUUUGAAUGAUACUCUUCUGAAGAUAUUUACAAAAUAAAAUAUGUACUUCAUAAGUUUUAAAACAAAGUAUAAAUAUAUAAACUUUUACUUUAAGAAAUUCAAUAAUAAGCUGAAUAAUUUAGCUAGUGACACAUGGGCUCAACAUUUUUACUGAUAUUGUUAAAGGUAUGGUAGAGAUGUAGCAGUUUGUCAAAUGGGUGGUAGUAUUUCUCAUAGCAGAAAUGUAAUUGACUAUGUCCAUUUUUUAAAAAUUGCUGUUUCUUUGCUUGGAGCAAUGUUAGACAGCCACACAAAAACCCCUUUCCAAAAAAAAUGAAUACAAGAUGCAAUAAAGAUCUUAUUAACAACCUUUCUUUUUGCAGGAUGGGGAACUAAAUUUUCCUAUGCCUUCUAAACUCUAAAAUACCAUUUCUUAAACUUUUGCAUUAGCUCAUUAUUAUUUUAGCGGAAGUUAUCGCCUCUAAACUUCACCAACUUCCUUAAUCAUGAUCUGGAUUUAUCUCUCAAUCUAUCAUUUCCAUCAAAAACAAAUCCUAAAGGCACUCAUAUUAUAAUAGCAAAGAGGGUGAAAAUACUUGAUUCUCACCUUUCUCUACUUCUUUAGAAAGGCUUGUAAAUGAUUAAACUUGAGAUAUCUAAUAAAGUGUGUGAAUAGAGUGAUUUUGAUACCAAGUCAUUUCCUGGUACUUCCAUUUAAAAGUUGGAUCAAAGAACUUUACUCACUUUUUGUUGCGUUGUUUUUUUACAAAAAUUAUCACAACUUGUUAAUCAUUGAAUCUAAUUUGAUGCACGAAAUUAAACAGUAUAUUAUUUUUUGUUUUUUAAAAAUUGUUUUAAUUCAAAAGAUUAUUUAUUCCUCACUGCCCCCUUUUGGCAGUCCCAGUGGCCCCUAAAUCUACUAAACCUUUCAGUGCCUUCCCGGACAGCCCACUUUGAGAACCACUGAUCUAAACAAAUAUAUUUCAUUUGUUUAUUAAAAUUGUGAAAAUUUAUAAUUUUUCUCCAGAUAAGGAGACAAUUAAUGUAAAUGGAUACUGCACCAGAACAUCAGAGAAGAAAACAAUAGUUCUUCAUAAGUGAGUCAUUACUUUUAUCUGAAUUCCUUAAUGUGACAUAAUAUUUCUUUUAAAAUUAUCUUUAUGUCACAUUUAAUUUUCACCCAAAUAAAACAUCAUCAUCAGUGACACUACAACCCUGCCCUGCUCCACCACAUCCUUCCAUUUGGAUCGAUCCAUGGCUUUCCGCCUUCAUGCAUGAACUGCAAGCUGGUGUUUGUCCUUCUCUACAUUGUGAAUCCAUCUCAGUUUUGGUUGACCAGUGAGCCAUCUGCCCCAAGGUUUCUGCCUAUAUAUCACUUUUGCUGCUCUAAAAUCUGGCAUCCUUUCAUUUUGGUCCUGUCCAGCUCAGUCUGCCUUUUUUAUUGUUGUGACUUUGGGUACCCACAUAGUACUACAACACUUUUUUGUUGACAUGACAGGAUUCACAAUAAAACUAAUAGUAGUUUUCAAAGCCGCUGUCGUUAUUCACUUUUGUUGACUAAAUCAUCAAGUAUAAUUGGCUAUGUGGUCAAUGUUUAAGUUAACUUAUUCUUUUAUUCAUACAGAUGCACAAAAAAAGAAAAAUAUACUCUAAUAAUUGAUUUGAGUAACCUACAUUUUUACUCUUAAUUGUAAAGUCGAUGGUAGGGGCUAAUAACUUAAACAUUAUUAAGUCAAGGGUAAGGUAACUCCAACCAAGACCAACCAACUCAAUUUAUGACCCAGCCAACCUCAACCAUACCUAUCCUUACCAACCUCUUAACAAUCCCAUCUAACCCACUUUUGAGCGUCCCUCAUGAUGAUGACAAAACCCAAAUUGACUAACCCCCCAAAUAACUAAUCCCAACAUUGACUCAACCCAUCAUUGACUCUCUAUUGACAUCUCUUCAGACCAACAACCUCGCGGAGCACAUAUGAAACACCUGCAGCUGAAUCAACAUCGACCGAUGAUGAGACUCAGCCGUCACCAUCAAAAAUACCAAGGCACCCAAUCCUGUCGUCCCAAUCAAAGGAAUUUGUGGCAGAAACAGAUACAGUGACGACUAAAACUGAUUUUUUACCACAGGAUCUUAAAAGCUUAAAAAGAUCUGAAUUAUUCCCACCUAUUUCACCAUCUAAUGCAAUCGAAAUUUAUGGAUUACUCGCUCAUCCAUUUGAUAAGGAAUUAGACGAUAUUAGCUCAGAGUAAAGAAGUUACUGUCUGAGAUAUUAAUAAAGAGGGUGUGUACAGAACCAAGGCAACAAAUAUUAAUUUGAUACAAAGCUAAAAAAAAUUACUGGCCGAGUAAAUUCUGUACAUUGGUUCUAUUUUAUUUUUAUCAGCUAAAAUCAAUUUGAGAUACUUUGUACUCUUGACUCAGAUUCAUUUUUAUUUAAGAAAAAUUUUGUUCGGCCUGUGAUGGAGUUUGAAUCCUGUGCCUGACUCCUGAUAAUUAAUAUUUUAUAUAUACAUUUCUUGUCACCAGUUUCAUGGUGAAUGGCACAAAAAUGUAGAUUUUCACAUUUUUUUUAAAGGUUUUCCAAUUGGUUUGGCUGUGGUUUUCACUGAAUUUAGAAGGGAAAAAAAAAAACACACGUUAAAAAAUGGUAGUGAUCAUGUAAUAUUUGUUUAUUUAUGACAAGAAAUUCAAAUUUAACAAAAUGUAACUCAAAUUUUCCAUGCAAAAUGUGCUGUGGGAUUGUACAGUAAUCUAUAAGGUAAAGUAUAAGUAUAGAUUCUGGCAAGAGUGCUUCAGUGACCAGUAGUGUAAAUAGAUAAAAAAAAACUGAAGGACUGCUUUCAAGCUGGGUGAAUGAAAUAGUAAAACAAGUUAUUUUGAAGCUUGAAUCAAAAGACAGGACAAUUAGAUAUGAAAGUUUCAGCUUAGAGCCUUUUUCAGCAAAUAGGACAAAUUGAAGUAUGACAAAAACAGAGCAUAGUAAAAAAAAACUGUUAGUUACAUAUCAGUGACCAUUAGUUACAUAACAUUGACCAGUAGUUACAUACAGUGACCAGUAGUUGCAUAUCAUGGACCAAUAGUUAUAUAUAAGCGACCAGUAUUUACAUGUCAAUGACCAGUAGUUACAUGUCAGUGACCAGUAGUUACAUAUCACUGACCAGUAGUUACAUAAUUCGUUAUUAGAUAGUGUAGUGCAGUGGUUCUCAACCUUCCUAAUGCUGCGACCCUUUAAUACAGUUCCUCCUGUUGUGGUGACCCCAACCGUAAAAUUAUUUUCGUUGCUACUUCAUAAAUAUGUUUUUUUUUCCAAUGGUAUUAGGCAACCUCUGUUUAAGGGUUGUUCGAUCCACAAAGGCGUCGCGACUCACAGGUUGAAAACUGCUGGUGUAGUGUGACUAAUUGGAUGUUUGAUAACAUAUCUCAUGGUAAUAAAUCAUAAUUUCAAAUCCGUUUGUAUAAUUCCCAGCAAGAAUCACAGCUUCUUUAAGUUUCUACAAAAUAUUUUUAAUAUAAUUUCAUCCCUAAAAAUAGCGGUGUCCUUAUAGACUUAUUAUGGCAAAGUUUAAAUUAAUUUAACAACUUUAAAUAACAGGAUAUCACUUUCUAAAACUCGCCGCCGUGGUCUUCUGUACCAUAUUCAUCGUCUAGAGCUGACAUAUGGGAGAAGGGUAUAUUACCCUAUUUUUAUUGUUUUAUACUAUUUCAAACUGACAACUGGUAGAACCUAAUUUGAAAACAUGACAAUGAGAGGAAUUUUCUUAGUGAGUGGCUGACCCAGCGACCUGAAUUUAAUCACAUUUAAAAAUCAAUAGAAGCAAAGAUAAAGUAUUCACACACCUUUUAUUGUCCAUGACAAUGUAUGAAUGUUAUGCAAAGAAUUAUUUAGUGGAAAAAAUUACGGGUGUCAUGAUUGUAUUGAAUAUUGCAAUAGAACUUAAGAAGGAAAAAAAAUUAUUUCUGUUAUUAAUCCAUAACUUUUAAUUAUAUUCUUCUAUUCAGCUUCGGUGCCAAAUUUUAUAAAAAAAAUAAUCAUUUCAAAACAUCAUCGAGAUAUAUUAUUAUUAUUAUUAUUAUUGGUGGUUUUAUAUAGCUUGGUACCCCAGCCUACGGCUGGACUCACCACGAUGUGAAAACAAUUUAACAAACAUAAUCACGAACUUAAAAAUGAACAUACAUUAAUUAAAUGAAACAAAACAAAUGUAUAUUCACUCCACCCAUUCCAGAACUAUUUACAUGUCAAGUCAUGGACGGCGCCCAGCAGUAUUGUUUAUUGAUCAGAGGGGGGAAUCAGUCAGGAUAGUAGAGUUUAAAGAGAUGUGUUUUGAGUGCGGUUUUGAAGGCUGUGAUUGUUGGUCUAUUGCGAAUGUGUAGUGGAAGAGAAUUCCAUUGUUUGGGCACAGAAAAAGAACGAUCGUUCACCAUAAGUUUUUGUGCGAGGCUCUAAAAUAAAGACAUUUCAAUUACUGCACAAAUUUGUCUCCCCUAAAUUAAGACAUUUCAAUUACUGCACAAAUUUGACUGCUCUAAAAUAAGAAAUUUUAGUCUAUGUACAAAUUUUACUUCUCUUUUAACAUUUCAAAGUAUCAAUGGAUUUUUUGUUCCUGGUGGAAAAGGAAUAUUAGCAUUUACUGUCAAUUAUCUUUUUUUUAAAAUUGUAAUAAAUUUUUAGCUACAGGUAGG